CUGAAAACAAGAAGAGGAACCCUCCUUGCUGGUAGAAGUGUCACACUGGCACUUGAUUUCUCCAUUUUCUCCUAGUUCUGGCUCAGCACAUCCUCAGCGUGCACGUAUCUGUCCUGAGUGCACAGGAUGACUCACUGCUCGUCUCCUAGAGCUCUUUCACAAACUAAGCUAGGAAAAUAAUAAUCAAUUUAACGAUCUCAGUGAAGCCAAAGUCCAGGAGGGACCAAUGUAACCAAGGAGAAGUGUUUUAAAAUCAACAGGCUGUUUUUCCUUGGUGUGUUUCAUCUAAGCCUCACACACAUACACAAAAUCACCAAACCAACAAAUUAACCACACCAUGAUUUGAGCAACACAAAGCUGCCGAAAAUGCUGAGAAUUAUAAGCACUGAGAUCCAGAUUAUCUCUUCCUACAGAGCUAGAGCUUGGUCACAACUCUCCAUGGCACUGUAACCCCCUCCCCCCCCCCCAUCAACAGCAUCGCCCACAGACUGUGUGGACAGACAGAGGAUUUGAAGGAAGACUUCUGCUGCACAUAAAAUCAGUUAAUGCCAUGACCACUAACCAAAAACAUACCAAGUGUUCAGUAGAAACCUAAACCAGAAAGGACAGCUCAUCUGAUGAACCAUUCCAGCCUCUUCUUUCACGGCUUCCUAAAACUUCAUGUGUGCUAGAACUGCGCUUUGAGGGGACAGAGGACCAUUCAGUUUAAUGCUAAUUGUGGUGCCUUUGGUACAUCAGUUGUUUGUCACCAAGCAGAGUCAUUUUGCAGUACUUUUUUAAGCAUAAGAAAAGUCCUUCCCAGACAAAUUAGAGAUGGCGAGUACUCUUAUCUCAGCCAAGCUCCCCCCUGAUGUAGAUCCAACAAAAGCUCCUAUUGCAUUUGGGAGGAGAGCUCUUCCUAAACUGAGUAGAGAGAUACAAUCUCCUGAGCUGCUGACUCAGCAACGGGCAUUGAUGGCACUCUGUGAUCUGGUCCACGACCCAGAAAAUGUCUACCAGGCAGUCCAAAUAGGUUUCUUGGAGAACUUGAAGACCUUGCUGCUGCAUCACGAUAGUACUGUCCGACAGAAGACAACAGAAAUUCUCUACAUAAUGGCAAUGCAUAAUGUUGGCAGGCAAGGGUUGAUACAAAAUGCAGUAAUACCUGUCCUCACUGAACUUUUGGAUGACCCAGAAGACAUCUGUCGGAAGAACACACAUCAAGUGCUUGACAUGAUGGCCAAGUUACCUGAAGGGGCUGUUGAUAUCCUGCAUGCCGGUUUGAUUCCCUUACUCGUGGUCAGACUGAAGACUGAGUCGGAUGAAAUCCAGGAGUUAAUCCUAGGCACACUCUCCAACUGUCUGCGCAUGGAAGCUUCUGAAGCUCUGGCAACUGAUGCCAUCACCAUUCUGAAGGAAAAGCUCACACAUCCCUCAGCAACCAUCAGAAACAAAGCAGCUCAGGUCAUUUUAGAAAUCGGUACCCAUCCAGAGGGAAAAAGCACAGUGUGUGAAGAGGUCAUUCCACUACUGGUGAGCCUGUUAGAAGAUACAGAUCCUGAAGUCCAAGCUAGUGCAGCAGGCGCACUGAUGUUUGCUACCAUUAAACCUAAGGGUAGAUGCUUAGCCCUGCGUGCUGAAGCCAUUCCACGGUUACUGAAGUUGGUUGCUGUGGAAAACAGCAAAGCCCGUCUGAGUGCAAUCAAAACCCUCACCAUGCUGGCAGAAGUAGCUGAGGGUCGCAGGAAGCUCCUAGAGCGUACAGACAUAUUUCAGCAGUGCCUGAGGGACCCCAGCGAGGCAGUGAAAAGAGCCGCCGAAAUUGCCAUCAGAGUCAUCCGAUGGAAACCUUUCUGAAGAUGUGGUAUUUCACAGAGAUCUAUUGCCCUCUGUUGUUGCCUUGCUGUAAAAGUUGCAUGAUUAUAUGCAACAUUCAAAAGCAAAACUCUAUUGUUCUUUCCUCCUAAAAAAAAAUCAUUUGUCAACAGUCUUACAUCUGUGUUACGGGUCACAAGGAAAGUAAUGGGGAAAAAGAAAAGCUAGCAAGUCCAGAAUUCUCCACCAGGAGUUAUUUCCUGAGGUACCAUUCCAAGAUUUUCCUGAGAUAUAAGAAACUGGCUCUCUCUCUCUUUAUAUCUAUAUCUAUGUAUCCGUAUAUCUAUCUAUCUAUCUCAGCCUGUCAGGCACUAAUCUUUAACUAAUUAUAUUAAAAAGAAAGGUUCAUAAUUAACCUCCUGUCCAUGCUAAGAAAAUGACCUAACAACAGGAAUUUAUAGGAGUUUUGCUGCAAAAAUAUGUUGAGCACAGGAUUAGAACCAUUUAGAGCAUCACUGCUGAAAAAGCGAUGGCAAUGUCACAGACAUUUCUGGGGUAACACUUGGUAACACUGUACUGGGGACAGAGACCCUAAUAGGGGAGGCUCUGUUUGGUUACAGUAUGGAAGAAACAUGCCUCUACUUCUGUGCUAUUACCUGGCACUUUGUAGUUUUGUACAGCUGUAGUCUGUCCUCUGAUGAAGAAAAUCAACACAAUGCAGGUGUUGUGCCAGAAUGGAGGAGUUCUACUGUUGUGGCUCAUUUUAAAGGGAUGGAAACAGGUCAAGAGGAAAGUCAACCCUAUACAGUUUAGUCCAAGAAGAGUUGCACAAGACAGUCUCCAGAUGUUCCUUCCAUUAGAAUUCUGUGAUUAACGGCUGUCUGAGCAGAGAGAUGAGGAGAUAAACAAAACAGAACUGAAAAUGUCAGUUCCCUACUUUGCAAAAAACAUGUAUUUUUUCUCCUUUUUUCCACACUUUUUUUCUAAUUCAAUGGUUUAAAAAAAAAAAAAAAAAGACUUUAUAGAAUUGAAUAUAACAUCAAAAGUUCAAGCUGUCUGAAGCAAGCUUAUCCAAAAAGACAUAAAUUGCCUGAAGGAAAAUAAGGCAGUUUCUGAUUUUAGAGCUGAUGAGCAGUUGAAACUGGGGAAUUUCAGUAGCAUUUUACUCACCAUGUAGUCAAGGUAGAUCACUACUGAUAUUGCAGACUUCUCUGCAUUUGCUAGUGGGUAACAUAAGAAUCAUCAACAGAAGGCCUGGCAGGACAAAUCCUGCCCACUAGAAGUACUCAAGACAAGAAUGACCCAACUUCACAGGAAAUCCCACAUUUCCACUCAGGUUUUGCAGUUCAGUGGCAUUCUUCUAGAUACAAAUUACCAUGGUUAAAAAGAAGCUGCACCACCCGCACAGAAGGGGUUGUUUGUCAUGCUGCACUUCCACUGCAGGAGCCCAGUGUUCCUCCCACUGUAAAGCACAAUCUUAUACUAGCCACUGUAGGUGUGAUUAAAGUGAAAAGAUUUUUCUUCCAUAACCUAACCAGAGGGAGAAUUUCCUCUCCUACAAAUAUGUGAUUUAAAAGCAUUGAAUCAGAUGGAUUCAUUCCCUCUGGGCAGGGUCUUGCAGGGGCUUUGCCUUUUCAGCACACUUUAUGUACAUAAGGCACUCACAUGUAACAGAUAUUGAUGCCUGAGUGCAUCCAGUUCAAUAAGAGAGAGACAGGCAGCUUAAUAACAGGGAAACCGUUCAGCAAAGGACUGGGGAACAAGAGAGAACAGUAGUUUCACCUACAUUUACAAAACUGCUGCAGGAAAAUGCAGUAACAAUCAUUUUAGCUCAAGCAUCUGUCACAGCCCUCCCCCCUGUAAUUCAGGUAUCGCAUUUCAGUGAGUUAGCAAAAUAAUUAUCUUGCUCGGUUGUAGGAAUAAGACCAUCCAGACUGAACUGCUGUGACAAGAAGAAAUUUAGCUGACUCGGACCUUAAGUACCACAUCUGAGCAUCUCCCUGAUAAUUGCUUUAAAGAACAGUAUGAUAAUAAGAUUCUGGCAUGGUGUCUGUGCCUUGUCUUACUUACAUGCACAGUACAAGAGCAGAGCAAAGCCUUAGCUGAGAUCUGGAGUGAGAGUGCCAGCCUCUUCCUGAAUCUCCCUGCUUAGGCAGUGACUGGAAGGCAGAAUAUAAGCUUAAAGCUCUGAGACACUAGUAAGGAAAUAAAGUAAUCAGGAAUAACUCAUUGAAAAAGACUUUAAAAACAAAGAAAAAGAGAAGUGAGUGGCAAAAAACCUGAAAUAUUCAGAUUUACCCAGAAUGUGUUUGGAAAAGAAAAACAAGACAACAAAAGCCUAAUGGCAUGAACACAAAUUAUUGGGUAAAAAAGAACUGAGUAGAAAAUACACAGAACAUGGCUGGAUUUUUUAGGUUUUGAACUCUCAGUAUUUUUACUUUUCAUUGUUAAAACUUUCAUUCUAUAAUUUAGCAUAUAAUCACUUAAUGACUUUUCUCACCUAAAAUGAAAAAAAUCCUUAUGAUUAAGGAUUUACUUUCUCCUCUGGAGUACAUUACUUCUUGAAACAGAGAACAGGAUGUAUUGAAGUUACACUAACACUAAUGUGUAAGUUAACCCAAGGUAUCCUUUGAUCUUAGCAAUACUUUUACUUCCGUCAGUUGUUGCUUAAUUGCUGAGUAUCACCUGGUCCUUAGGGCAGAGCACAAAAAGAAAAAUGCAUAUGAGACUUCUUCUACGAGUGACAUUCUGGUGAAAUGGUCACCUAUAACUGCAAGUCCAGUGGUAGGAAUAGUUUUGGUCAUAUUCCCCAUGAAUUUCCCCAGCAAGACAAUGACACUGAUGUUAUGUGAUCCUAAAUGGACAACCCAGAGAAUAGAGGGAUUUCUAGGGGCAUUCCAACCUAUAUUCCAUGAUUCCACAUCACAGAUUUAGUCCUAGACAUGUUUGUUGUGUUCCUUACUUAUGAGGAGUGGCAGGGUGACCCACAGCUAACUGCCCACUUUGAGAUGAGCCAACAGCCCUUAAUUUGCAAGGCCUGGCAAUUAAUUGGCACUCCAGACGUCAGUAAAAUGAUUGGAUGGAUCAAAGAAACACAGCAACAUGACUGACAAACGCUUCCCUUUGGACUGACCUAACUUUCAGUCAAUUAUACUCACUAAUAAAGUUGCAACAGACCCAGUCACCCAAAUGUUAUCUAUCCUUUUGUAUUGCUUCAUACGUGUUACAAACACUCCAAUUAACAUGUUAGGAUCUGGCACUGUCACACACUAUAAUUAAACUCAUUGCUUCAAAAGAACUCUGUGCAUAUAGCAAGUCUUUAGCACUUUCUGCUCCACAGUGUUCUACGCUAUGACAACAUCAGCACCUCAGCUGAUUUUAACAUCAAUGGAAAAUGAUUAGCCUUUCUGGCUUGAAGCCAACAAAGAUUAAGGCCCCGAUAUAAUUAAUGCGGUCCUGGGUCGAUACUGGAAUUGAUUCACUUGCACCCUGCACAGAUCAAGCUUUCAAGUCGGGUGCCUGACAUCUCCCAGUGACAUCAGCAGAAGAACAGACACAUUCAUGGGAAGUAACAUCCUCUUUCACAAGCCCUGUGCACAGCAUCCCACGCAGGUACAGCUCAUUUUGAAUGCAAAGCUUAAUAUUAUUUUUUUCCUAACAGUUUCCAGGAGGUAAAGAAUAUUAUGUCUCUUUGUUCUUGCAACUACAGACUCACUGACCUGUCCUCAUUUGGUUUUGAAAGUCGAGGAGCUGGAAACCAUUCUGCUCUCAUAUAAAUCCUGUCCUGGGAAAUAGCAGUUUUUAAUCUAUCCAAGUUCCAACGCAGGGAGUACUUCAGUGCUUCCCAUCACUGCACUUUCUAUUUAAAAACAAACAAACAAACAACGGAAUCAAAUUCAGAUUAAAAAUGCUAAGUGAGAUUUCUGUCUAUAGACCAAGUACAGAGUUCAGGUCAGUCAGGUUUGGUUGACAUUAAACCAAAAGGAGAGAAUGCAUUUUCUGUGGCUACACGCAAAACUAAUAUACUGAAAGAUUCAAGCCCAAAGCCUACUUUUAGGAAGAUUGUUCUGUCAAAAUUUGUUGACUUGAAUGAAUGAAAACUAGUGCAGCUGUCUGAUUUAAAUGCCAUCUGAAACUAUAACUAAAAACACUACACAAAGUAAUGGUGAGCUCGUGCCUACCCAAGGCAAGCAGGGAGCUGCUGGCUGCAGCACACACAGCUGCUCGGGCCCUGAGCACUACCCAGCAGGGGUUGGGCACCACAGCACCAGGGGAACUCUUCUGCAGCUUGCUGUGGUAGAUAACAACGAGAUUGAGUGUUCCUCAGGAGGAAAAAUAAUCUGACCUGUUUUAUUAAUACCAUGGGCAAUAACCUCAGGCACUAAUGCUGGUUAAGUAGUCCUUCAACAGCUAGAUAUUGGAGUGAGUCAAGAUGUGCUCCAUUCUUUAUGUUCCCUAGAACAGCCCUGAAAAACACACCGCAUAAAAGAUGCCAUGAAUCACCAAGUAAAGAAAAUGGCUUUGUUUGGAAUUGCUCAUCUUUCUUGGCCACGCAUUGCCCUCUGCUGUCCCACGUGUGACACCGCCUGCUGGGCUAAGCAGGGGAAGCUCAUUGCUGCACCAUUCCCUCACAUCUUGCUGCCUCGCAGUAACACUGCACAUCCAGAACACAGAGAAAGAACAUUAAUCUUAUUUGAAGAACAAAAAAAAAAAGAAAGAAAAAAAAAGGAGGAGCAGCCCUCCCUCAGAACAGCUUCCCUGUGACCCCGCUCCCCGCGGUGUCACUGCCUGUCCCCAGGAGCAGCGGGUUCAACCAACCUCCAAUCCCACCCUUCCAACAAAUGACUUCAGAGCGAAUGCAGCUCUGCACUCUGAAUGCCAGCCACCACCAGUGACACGCACCUCAUCUCUGCUCUUCAUCGUUGUGUCAGUUUUACCUCAUAUACAUUUUCCUCAUUUUGGCAGUAGAAGUGACCCAUGCAGGAGCAGAGCUCGUUAGUGAUGGCAGCUGCUGGCAUUUCUGGGUCCAGGACAGUCACCUGUGCUGAGAGAACUCAGCCUUGUGCUCUGUGCCUCUGCACCACAGACAUCCUGGUUAAAACCAACCUGUGAUUACUGCACCUGUAUUCCAAGUUAAGCCACAGACCUACGCCCCCUUUGUAACUGCUCCACACCAAUGUGUGAGCUUUUGCCAUGACAAAGCUGAAAAAAAACCUAAUUCUGAGUUCUAAGAAGAGUGUUCUUAUAACCAAAGUCGUUAAAAUUUGUGAGGCACUUCAAUACAUUUGUUGAGCAAUACAGAAGAAUGAAAACAUAAAUGAUGAGUGGUUACCCUCCUCAGGAUUGGGCCUGAAAAUAAUCUAAUUCUCUAAUAAAAUACCUGACUUGCUUUGCCUGUGUUCUUUAUAUACCAGUGUUGCAAUUGGCCUACAGUGCUACGAGGUGAAUUUUUAAUUGUAACUUAUUUUGUACAGUCCAUUUGAAAUAAUUCUGUAUAUCUAACUAUAACCCCUGGAGUUGUAACCCUACAUCUCACCUGCCAGGAUGUUUCAGGAUCAUCACCUAAAACAGAGCUGUGUUAUGCUGCAUGUGAUGCAUGUAUGCUGUGCUAUCAGCCCGAGAUAGCAAGUGGGGAGACGUGAUAGAAGGAUUCCUAAAUUUCCAGUCAAAAAUGCGAAAAAGAAUGCCCACGGAAUGCACAUCCCUGCCCAGGGCAGUGUAAGCACCUUUAGGGUUUUCUCUGUGUGCCCCACAGUGACAACGGUUCUACUGAAAAAUGAAGAAAAUUCACUUGCUUCCUUAAAUCCAUGAUGUUGCCCUUGAAUGCAACACCUACCAAACCCAGGUGACAUUUGUUAAUCUAUUAAUUAUUAAUCUAUUAAUCUAAAACUGCUCAUAGUAAAAUUGUGUGGCUAUGUGAAAUUCUCCAGAAUCAGAGCACUCCAAACAGGAGUCAGACUACGUGGAAACAUCUGAACCUUGGUCCCUACGACAGGCAGUUCUCAGAGCUGAACAGAAGCAGUUUGUUGGGGACGUACAAUGAAUGCCUCUGUCAAACUCAGGGUUAAUUUUUCAAAAUCCUUUAACCCUGGGAAAGAAGAUGAAGUGUCAGUGACUGAUUAAUGAGGAGGUCACCUAAAGGCUGAUGGUGCUACCAGGAAAUCACUUGUGUUAUUUGCCUUCAUCCAAGUGGUUGUGUAAUUUCACUGUAUUUUCCUUCUGUAACACAUACAACAAUGAGGAAUCUGGGCAGUCCUUUUCUUGAGGCUUUCUUACUUGUUUGUUGUCCAUUACUAUUAAGCAGAAGCAAAAUCUAGACACCAAAUUAGGUUUCUCUGAUUUCCACAUUACGUUCUUCAGAAGUCUCAUCAUUUUGUGGACACCAAAUGCUUCAAAACAUACAAAUACUUUAAUACAUAAAUGACUUCAAAGUCCUUUAAAUACAAUUCAUUCCAUGGUCUUGAAAAUACUCUCCCGCUGUAUUAACUGCAAGAAAAAGCUUGCACUGAUAUUUAUAUAGUACUGAUUUAAUCUGGCUCGUGCAAACCUUUUCAGUAUACUGCAGGGUUUAUAAUGAGGACCAGCAAAGCACUUUGUUUUAGAUGUAAACGAAGAGAAGAAGAUACUGUCAGAGGAUGAUAAAGUGAGGACUAAAGCUGGAGGAGCUGGCGGCGAUGUGGUGGGCGUACAGAGGUGACACCAACUUUAUUGAGAUGCUCCUAUCUCAGGGCAGUUCUGCUGCAGAAUGCUGUGGGAAGACACACCAUGCUGAAAUGCUCUGAGACAACACAGCAUGCCAUGAUAUGUGUGCAAAAGUAACAAGCAAUUGUGCUGUAGCUUGACUACAGCAGCUGAAGUCAUCUUUCUACAUUUGAUUCCCCAAGAGGCUGAAUUACACAUCGAUUACGGGAUCUAUUGCUUUUUUACUUGAAGAGUUACAUCUAUCUUCUGUAUCUCCAGAGAGUUUCACACGUAGCAAGUGGAGCCAAUCAGACUGACUUAGCUGAUAUCAGCUGAUAACAGCUCUGGCUGUUCUCCUUCAUGAACUCACACUGUCAUACUGAAAUUUCAUACAGCAUGAAUUGUAUUUCUCAAUGAAGUCUUCAGAAGAAAGAUUUAUAGUCUUUCAGAGUAGUAGUACAAAGCCCUCAAACGUUCUGAAAAGAAAAAUGCAAACCCAGCACUCAUGCUUUGGACUUUUAACGAUGUUCACGGAUUGUUUUGUAGUACAGCUCAUAGAAAGAAGCAAAA